UCUAUAUAGCUAUACAAGUAACUAUUUCUUUCCUUUAUCGCCAUUUCCUGUUUUCAGUGUUUUUCUUCCAUAUGAUAGUUUUUAAGCUUUUUUUUUGGCAAAUGCUUAAAUAUAUUUCCAAAGUAUCCUUAUAAAUAGAACACUUGAUAGUUCCUAAUACUUUUGUCUUCAUAUAUUGCAUGAGUUACAGAGAAAAGUAUGGGUAAAACAAGUGAAGAAAUAGAAGUACCAAGAAGAAUGUGUUCAUUAUCUAGAAUAUAACUGAUGAUAAUCUCAUCACAUAGCGCCCUACUGCCUCGCCCACUGAAGCUGCAGGGAGGGCUUUGGGUAUGGGGGAUGGAACCCUAUGCAAGGUGUUGUGUACAUGCAAAUUAAGACAAUGGUUGAACUGACAACUGUUGCCAUUGGCAUUCUGGUCUCCAUAGAGUUUGGCUACUUUGUGAAGGUCAUUAUUCAUGGAAUUAGCGCCAAGCUCUUCUUGAGUAAAGUCCAUCCUCUUAAAUCUUCAAAUAUAUAUGGAUUAUGCACAACACGAGACAUUGACUUUAUGUUAAACCACAUCAACAAUGGCCGGUAUCUGCGGGCCAUGGAUUUUGGCCGACUUGAUCACUGCAUCAGGUCUGGCAUCUUUAAGACCGUUUAUGAGACCAAAUCUAAACUGCUUGUGGCUGCAUCCACCAUAAGAUACCGCAAGCCCGUGUAUCUCUUCGUUCCCUACAGGCUACAGUCACAGAUUGUGUACUGGGAUGAGAAGAACGUUUACUACCGCCAAGACUUUGUAACUCUUCAUGACAACUUCCUGCGAGCAACGGCCUAUGUCAAGCUGGCAGUGUUGGGGCUACAGACAGAGGAGCUCUUCUCCUUAGUGACUUCAGAGAGUGUUACCCUCCCUGAGGCUCCAAAUGACCUUAUAUCCUGGAUAAAUUAUAACAAGCUGAACAGUGAAAGCAUUAAAAAAGAUAUAUAGAUUGCUAGUUAUGUUCAAUUUACUUGUAGUGCUAUUGAUUACCUGUGAUAUACCCUAGAUAUGUGUUCUCUGAAUUGCUGUAAAUUUGUCAGUUGAGAGAAAGUACAAGAAAUCUAGGACUAGUGAUUUUUAGAGUUGCCCAGUUUAUGUAGGACAAUGUGGUUGCUUAGUCCAUAAAGGUGAUUGAUCUUGUAAUAAUGCACUUGCUACUUAUCUUUUUCUCAAAUAGUACAAUCCAAACUAAAAGGAAAAAAUAGUCCUUCCUUUCACUUUAAUAAGCACAAAACUCUUCUUCAGUCAGAAUCUCACAAACCUAGGUUGCACUAAGAUUCUCACCCCUCUCAGGCUAGCUGAUAGUGAUAACUAUGAAUAGUUAAGCAUCACAACCUCACACAUGACUGGGCUCCCUCAGGCGCCCAAUGCAGAGAACUUUGUAGCACUUUGUCAGAUAUGGGUCAUUGUCAGGAUUGCUGAGGUUAAGUGAGUGGGAGCAG